AGCCUUGUGGGUAGCUUCCCAACGUCCUUGUCCACCAAGCACACACCAACUGCCUUCAAGCAAGGGGAUUUGGGAGCCUCUGUCAGUCAGUAGUUCUUGAAACAAGUCGGAAUUUCCCAACAUGAUGGCAGCAAGAUUUCUCCGCCGUUCUCUCCCCAUGCUUAGGCAAGCGCGCUGCUAUGCCGAGCCAGCCACCGGUGCCCCGCAGAUGUCCUUCACUUUCGCCUCUCCGACUCAGGUGUUCUUCAAAGAGGCCAGUGUGAAGCAAGUGGACGUGCCCACACUCACCGGCGCAUUUGGUAUCCUCCCCGCCCACGUGCCCACCUUGCAGGUGCUUCGGCCUGGCGUUGUCACGGUGUUCAAUGACGAUGGCUCGUCUGCUAAAUACUUUGUGAGCAGUGGGUCCAUAACUGUCAACGCUGAUUCUUCAGUGCAGUUGCUAGCUGAGGAGGCCGUACCGCUGGACCAGCUUGAUGUGGCUGCUGCCAAGGCCAACCUGGAAAAGGCCCAGGCUGAACUGGCCGGUACAUCCAGCGAGGUCACGAGGGCGGAGGUUCAGAUCAGCGUAGACGCCAACGAGGCCAUUGUCAAGGCGUUGGAGUAGACCUCCCCCGUGGUCAUCUUAGCUCUUCUGUUUGGUGGAACACACUUUAGGCAUUUCCAGCUGUCCCGUGGAUUCCAUGCUUGCUUUGUACAGUGGAUGAAAAACUAAAUAAAUUUAUUUGGAAUUA